GGGCAGUUAGUGGAGGAUGAGUAUGGAGAUGAGCCCGUGCUCGAGGACGAGUAUGGGGAGGAGGAGGAGGAGGAGGAGGAGGAGGAGGAGGAGGAGGAGGAGGAGGAGGAGGAGGAGGAGGAGGAGGAGGAGGAGGAGGAGGAGGAGGAGGAGGAGGAGGAGGAGGAGGAGGAGGAGGAGGAGGAGGAGGAGGAGGAGGAGGAGGAGUAGGAGGAGACGAGGGAGUGGCGCCGGCAGCUAAGAAGCAUGGGGGGCUUUUGGGUAGGAGG